AUGACUAAAUUUAAAUGCAUAUUGCCACAAGAAGGACAUACAUUAGAAAUAGAAAUUACUUCAACAAUUAAAUAUUUGUGUGAUAUUGAAAAAUCUAUAAAAGAAAAAUAUAAACAACAUUAUUCUAAAAGUACAUUUCCGCACCAUUAUACUUUGUUAACUGUUAGAAAGGAUGAUGAAAGUGAUGAUGAUGCAGUGAUAUUUGAUUCGAGUUUAAAAAUUCAAGAUGCCAUUAGUACUUUUGGUGAAGAUUUGGUGCUGAUUUACUACACAAAAUGCAAUAAAGAUGCUUUGCUUUGUGUAAGAUUGCCAAUGCCAAAUUAUUCUACAACAAAUUAUAAGGAACCGUUUAUAAGAUCGAUAUAUGGCCUAUCCCCAGAAUCCGUUGAAUCCUGGCCUAAUUUUUACGAAAUUUUACCACAAGAAGAAUCCUUUUCUCGAAAUUCAAAGCGCUCAAUAAAUUUGUCAUCUUUUUCUCAAUCCACAAUAACAAAUAGAGAUGACGUUAUUAAUGUAAUAGAAUUAAAUAUUUUAAGAAUUCUAAAUAAACUUUAUUUUAAGGAUUAUUAUCUUUCAUUUGAUUCAUCCCAUUUUGAUUGGAGUAAAACGGAUAACAUAACAAGCUCUUAUAAUUUCAAAGGUAGUCCGGAUUGGUCAUUUAGAAAACAUGAUAACGACGAUACGAUAUUAGUUAUUAGUGCCGCCACGAAAUGGGAGGUGGAUAUAAAGGUGGAAGGGAAUCUCGAAUUGAUUUAUAAUGAUGGUUUAAAAAGUAUUAAAAAGGGUACGGCGAACGGUUUUACAAGAUCACUUGUAACGCAAAUUAAUCGAAUCUUUACUUAUUUAUCGCUCAAUGGACUUCAAUACGGAGUUUUGACGACGUAUGAAAACACGUGGUUUUUAACUAGACCCAAAAAGAAUCCAAAUCAGCUUUUAAUUUCUAAAAGUUUCUCUCCUAAUGAUAAACGACCAACUCUACUCAAGAUUUUCGCGUCAUUCCUACAUAUGGUUAACAAUGAUCCAUCAUCACCAAUUAAUAUGCCCGAUUUUUCAAUUUCUCCUCAAAUUGUGACAAAGUAUAAUAAAGAAAGAAUUAAAAUAUCAAGGCUACUACAACUUCUCGUACGUUUCAUUAUUAAAAUCAUAUCUAGUAUAUUACCCAAAAAUUCAACAAUUUCAACCAAAUAUCUGAAGAUUAAUGGAAAAUGUUUAGGGAGCGCAAGGAUGGGAGGUGUGUUUAUAAGUUCUUAUAAAGGUGAAACCAUUGCACUAAAGUUAUGUGACAUUUCAAAGCAUCCGGAAUUAUUAGGUGAAAUGCAAAAGGAAGUUGAAUGUUAUCAACGGAUGAAAGAUAUACAAGGAACUUACAUACCAAAACUGAUCUGUAACGGGUAUAUUCUAAAUGACAUGUUUUAUGUCAUAGGGACUUCAUACGGUGGAAAACGUAUGAAUGAAGGAGACGAUGAAGGAUAUGGCGUCAUAACACGAGAUGAAUAUGAUCUUGCCAUUAAAACAUUGGAUCAAAUUCACGCGCAUGAUAUUAUUCAUGGGGACAUUAGACCUGAAAACAUUUUAUUUGACGGGCAAAGGGUAAUUAGGAUUAUCGAUUUUGGAUUUUCAAAAAUAUCAUCAGAUGAGAAAGAAAAAGAGGAGGAAAAGGAAAUUUUAAGAUCGUUAUUAGAUCAAUUUUUUCACGACUACGAUUCGAAAAGACAACCUUCAAAAAGUCAAACGACACCACGCUCUAAUAAAAUGAAUGGUCUUUAUGCACCAGAGCAAAUUUCACUUUGGGAAGAUUUCGAUGAAGAUUGUAAAAAAGUUUUAAGAAUUGAAAAAUACGGAAAAAUACUUAAUAGAAACAUUGACGAGCCAGAAAUCGAUAUUGAUGACCCAUUAAAUAUCAAGACGGAAAAAGAUCUUUAUGAAUUAUUUGAAGAUGCCGUAAAUAUAUAUUUAAAGGAGUUUCUUUCACAUAUAGAUGAAUCAUUUGAGAUUUGGGAUGAAAAAAAACUACCAAAGUCAGGUUUCACACCUGAUUUUACAAUUUCUAGAGGUAUAAAUGAAGGUUGUUUAUUGCCUAUAGAAGUAAAAAUCAAGCAUGUAUUUGAAAAUAUGAAAACUGAAAUUCAUACUUUAUAUAAUGAAAAAAUAGAAAAUUAUGUUAAAAAUCGUAAGGAGGUCAAUAAACCAGACAUAGUGCCACCAAUUUUACAAACUUACAAAUAUAUGUUACAAGAAGGAUUUUUUUAUGGAAUAUUAACUACAUAUGAUUGUACUUGGGUACUUAAAUUUGAAGUUGAUCAAGACAAUUCGGAUGUUGAGAAGGUUUUUAUUAGUAGACGAAUCGAAAACCAUGAAUUGGUUAAAAUAUUAAUAUGUGUACUUUUAUUUAUUUUUCAAGAUGAAGAACGGGAAAGGAAAUUCAAUUUUAAGUUGGAAGGUUGUAAGAGACUUAAAAUCAAAGUAUAA